AUGGCCGAAGACGGGCAACACGCGAAGCUGUUCACAGCCCACCAUUUCAUGGUGUUGGGGUUGAAGUAUGCUCGAUUCCCAAACUGGCAAAGGUACAAGCCCAAGCGUCGCAUCCAUCGAUUCAAGCAACACUUUGGAAUGAAGCCCCAAACGGUGGAGGAUGUUUGGCGCCUCCUGAGAAACAGCGACAACCCCGACAUUCGGCUUCCCAAGAAAGCAAAACCAAAAGAGCUCUUGAUUGCCAUUCGACACCUUUUCAAGUACCACACAGAAGCCGAUCUGGCCAUGUUUUUCAACAUCAAAACUGAGAAGACUGUCAGGCGAUGGGCAAAUCGAUACGUUCGGCGCAUCUCACUCCUAUUUCCCGACUUGAUUGGCACUCUGGCUGACAACGACGAAGGCCUUGUAUUCUUGAUGUCAAUUGAUGGAAUACAUUGUCCUAUUGAGGAGCCUCGGCCAUGGUCUAAAAAAUGGAGUAGCCACAAGUUUGGUGGCAAGCCUGCUGUGAACUAUGAAUUUGGUGUCUUGCCACACAAGCCAAAGUUGGCUUGGGUUCAUGAGCCGACACCACCCGGAGCGAUGAACGAUCUGAGUGUGUUUAGGAGCAAGCUCAAAGGAGAAAUGCCAGAAGGACGCCGCUUGAUUGCUGAUUCAAUAUACUCUGCAGAACCGGAAUACAUCAGUACCAAGAAUGAUCUUGAUCCGCAACCCAUCUCCAAAUUCAAAGAUAGAGUCCUUUCCCGACACGAAAACUACAAUCAACGGGUCAAAUGCUUCGGUAUUAUGAAACUAAAGUUUCGACAUCGAGGGUUUGCAGCCACGGAAGAUUGGCAGCAGCGCCAUCAACAGGCUAUGCAUGCAGUUUGCGUGUUGGUUCAGCUGCAGCUCAACAAUGGCACUCAAACUCUGCUGGACCCCUACCCAUAG